AUGAAUUCAAAUCUAAUUGAAAAUACAUUAAUCAAUCUAUCCUUUGCUAUAUUACUUUUUACAUUAUUUGUUUAUUGGAUUAAUAUAGCAUUUACUAACUUGAAAAUGCUCUCUAAUCUUGGCAAGAUAUGUACUCUUGCUGUUAAUCUAUGUCUAAGUAGCACAUUAAUAAUAAGAUGGAUAGAAAAUAAAUAUUUUCCUUUAAGUAAUUUAUAUGAGUCUUUAAUUUUUUUAACUUGGGGAUUAACUUUAGUUCAUUUAAUACUUGAACAACAAAAUAAAAGUAAAUUAAUUGGAGCUAUUAAUACACCUAUUUGCUUAUUUAUUAUUGCAUUUACUAGUUUUUCAUUACCAUCAGAAAUGAAAAAAACUGUACCUUUAGUUCCAGCACUAAGAUCUAAUUGGUUAAUGAUGCAUGUAAGUAUAAUGAUGAUUAGCUAUGCAUUAUUAAUUCUUGGUUCAUUACUCUCAAUACUAUUUCUAAUUAUUUAUAAAGUAAAUCUGAAAAAUUCUAAUAUUAAUCAAAAAAGAACAAAUUAUAGAAUACAAAUGUCAACCAGUAUAGCUAAUAAUUCUGCGCUUUACUCAGAUAGAAUGAGCAUUCUGCAAAUAAUUGAUAAUUUAAGUUAUAGAAUUAUAGGACUAGGUUUUCCUCUAUUAACUAUUGGUAUCAUUGCAGGUGCUGUAUGGGCCAAUGAUGCUUGGGGUUCAUAUUGGAGUUGGGAUCCUAAAGAAACUUGGGCUCUAAUUACAUGGUUAAUUUUUGCAGCUUACUUACAUUCAAGAUUCAGUAAAUCAUGGGCAGGUGAAAAGCCAGCUAUUCUAGCAUCUAUAGGCUUUCUUGUUGUAUGGAUAUGUUAUUUAGGAGUUAAUUUUCUUGGCAAAGGUUUACAUAGCUAUGGUUGGUUAUCAUAA